AUGGCGGAUCUCUACAGUGUGUCGCAAAAGGACCUCGAAUUUGCUCCCCAGAACGAGCUUCAGAAGAAGAAGCUGGCUCGCGACCAGAAGCACUUUGCGGAGAAGCAGGCAGCCGUGGCCGCCAAGGCCAAGGCCCAGGAGGAGCUCCUCGUCGAAAUGCAGGGCAAGCUUGCCAAGUAUGAGGCUGAGUACGCUGCCCAGCAGGAGGAGGAGUCUCGCCUUAAGGCGGAGGCCAAGGCCAACGGUGGUUUUUACAAGCCGGCUGACCCCAAGGUUCUUCUCGUUGUCCGCAUCCGAGGUGUAAACAAGUUGUGCCCCCGUGUGCGCAAGAUCUUCCAGUUGUUCCGGCUGCUGCAGCUGCACAAUGCUGCGUUCGUCAAGGUCAAUAAGGCAUCCUUGAACAUGCUUAAACACAUCGAGCCCUUCUGCACCUUCGGAUACCCGGACCUCGAGACUGUGCGCAAGCUCAUCUACAAGCGCGGCUACCUGAGGACCGGUCCUAUGGGCGCUCGCUCGCGUGUGCGGAUAACGGACAACAUGCAGGUCGCUGAUCUCCUCGGGGAAUACGGAGUACGCGGCGUCGAGGACAUCGUCCACGAAAUCCUUACCUGCGGACCCCACUUCCGCCAAGUCAAUCGCGCUCUCUGGACUUUCAAACUUCACGCUCCUCGUGGCGGCUUCAUCGCUAAGAGACACGGCUUCAACGAGUUCCGCAAGGGAGACUGGGGUAACCGCGAACAGUACAUCAACCAGCUCGUCCAGAAGAUGCUCUAA